UAUUAACAGCCCAAUUACGACAUUUAAACCUCAUCGUUACAAGGACAUGAGCUGCGAACCUAGUCAAGAAUUGACAAGCGCGGCAGGUUCAACCCACAAAAAACAUUAAAAAAAGACCACGUCGGGAACAAUCUUUUUGGAAACGUUAGCAUGUGGGAAUCACCAAGAAGAUUCCCUUCAACCAAUUAUUUAAUCCUUAACCAAUGAAGCAAAGCAGCGGUGAACAUUCUCAGGAGCGAGGUGGGCCCAACCUAAGAGCCGGGGCCCACGCUGCGUCACCAUGGCGCCGGAUGCCGCACUCAAACCCUUCCUCCCACCGGAUCGAUGACGCCAUGUUAGCUCCAAGUGUGCUCACGACGACUCCAACUCCCCCAUCCCACCAAAACCCCUAUAAAUUCCCCACCAAAGACCUCUUAGCCGGAGACCAUGGAAGAGUUCCAGGAGACCGAUAUUUUGUGGCCCGACGGCGAGCACGACGACGACACGGUCUCGGAGAAGCAACCAUCCACCCGAGAGCAACAUCGACGGAAGCAGUCGGCUCCGGUCGUCAUCCCCAUGGCCGGAGUUGGUGCAAGUCGUUCGUGGGCGCCGCGGUGCAACUACCGCGAUUCUUACCACAAUAGCGAGGAUGUAGAUGACGACGACGACGACGAUUUCGGCAGCGGCAGCGGCGGUGAGAGGACUCCACCUCACAUCAUUGUGGCCCGAAGAACGUCGACGGAGAAGAUGGCGUUCUCGGUGUGCGUCGGCAAAGGCAGGACGCUCAAAGGACGGGAUCUUUACCAAGUCAGGAACGCCAUCCUUCGGAUGACCGGAUUCCUCGAGAGAUAACAAUAUUAGCAUACAUAAAUCCAAAGAAAUAAGUGGGGAACUUUGUAUUCUAUUGAUUAAUUUUUCCUCGCUCAUACCAUCGAUACUUGGAAUGGUUCAAGUCAAGACUUGUAUCCUUUUAUUAUUGUUAUCAAUUAUUUUUACAAUGUGUUUAGGAAGAAAGUAUACGUAGAAGCGUGAGGAGAUGUAACACAAGUUUUGAAACGGAAUAAAGCGUAUAGAAUCUCUCUGUCU